CCGGCUCGGCUCGGUCCGGCUCGGCUAUGUCCGGCUCGGCUGCGUUCGGCUCGGUUCGGCUCGGCUCUGCUCGGCGCCGUGCGCGUGCCCGGGGCCCGGCCUGCCCGCGCGGCGCGCCGGUUCCCGCCGUUUCCCGCCGGUUCCCGCCGUUCGCCGCGGGGCCUGUCCCCGCGUCCGUGCUCGGAAGGCCUGUGGCCCUUGGGAGAGGCAGGAAGGUGUGCCCUCGGUCCGGGAGCGAGUGCUCCGGCGCUGCUGGCGGCGUCGGGGAAUCGCUCGGGGUUUGUUUUGCCUGUUUGGAGAGGGCAGAGCCGAGUGUCUGAGGCCGAGACCUGCUGCGGUGUGGGCAGCUGGCGCUGAGGGCCUACGCGACCGGACUGCCAGGAGCGCGCUCCGGUGAGAGAAGGCGUUGGGUGGCAAGAGAAACGGGCAGAAAGCAAAACACUGGCGCUCGGAGGCUUGUUUUGAGAAGAAACAACUUCCCCUAAGCAGAGCCAUCCCGGCCGUGGACCCCCCUGUGACACACGCGUACUUGCCCUGCAGUCGGCUGUCCGUUCCCAGGCAGGUGCCCAGGGUAUUGGGUCAGGCACCUCAGGUGUCUUUUAGGGAGAGUGAGGAGGUACUGCUGAGGGAGAGGAGGUGGUGCUCAGAAAGGGUGUCCCAAGGAGAGACCUUUCCACGCUUUCAGGCAUGGCCAAUGGACAGGAUCGAGCAUCCUGUAUUUCUGAAGUCCUAUGUGACUUGCAUGCUUGCCUCGGCAUCCCGCUGGGCCGGCUGGAACCUGGGGGGCUGCGGUUGCACAGCAUCCUGGCCAAGCCAGUCACCUGCUGUUCAGUGGAGCCGCUGAGUCCCGGGUUGUGCGAGCUUUACACAUCGGCCCGCUGAGCAGCUGGCAGUGUGGCAUCUCUCCUGACAUCUCUGCAAACCAAGCCAUUCCGUUAGACUUGCAGGAGUUGCACUGAGUGGCUUUUCCCUCUCUCCUAGCCCAGGUUGGACAUGCUUGCAGGUCUUGGUGUUGCAUUUCCUUGGAGGCCGUUUUGGCACUGAGGCUGUUAUAUAAACCAUGGCUAUCUCUGCUGCUGUUCCCGAAGGGGGGUGGCUCUGGGUGCUAUAUUUAUUGCUGAACACACUGGUUUCCCAUCUGGGCCUAGAUAACCCUGAGAACAAGAAGUGUCUAGCACAGUAGGAUCUCAUAACCAGUUUUAGCUCUGCUUUCGGUAAAAUGAUCAAGAAAAAACUUGUCACAGACCUUGCUUUUCAUCCUUUUCUGUGCCCCUUGAGCUCAUGAGCUCAGGGGCAAUGCAUUCCAGUUCCUCCUUUGUGAGAUUUGGCCUCUUGAGUAGCAGGAGUGGGGCUACGUUCUUACUGUGGGAGUCACGAAUCUACCUUUGAGGAAUGCGAGCUGUUAAGGUGGAUUUUUAUGCCAUGAUUAAGUUCAGUAUCCACCUUGGGUUUCCUCAGCCUUGUAGGUUUCGGCAUGUUCGGCAGAGUGCAUGUGCUUGCCUUCGGGCAAGUUAGAAAUCCCCAGGCUGCCUAGUGAAGUGGCAGAGCACGCUUAAGCAUGUGCUUUAAAAACUGACCCAGUGCUGUAUUAUGAAAAGCUAAGGCCAACGCUUCCUCUUUCUCGAGGCCACGAGGAAAUUCCUCUGGACUUCUAUGGAAGUAGGAUGUUACUGCCAGCUCUGCCUGCAUUGCUGUCUGGCUGAGGUCUUCCCAGGAAGGGCCAUCUGCUGCGUGUAAUGAAAUAGUCCCUCUUAAAAGUCAGACUGUUCUGUGAUCAGGCUCGCUACUCUAAGGUCACACUAGCAAAACAACCCUGAAGCUUUCAGCCAGGGUCUCAGCUCUGGAGCAGCAUGCAUAAAGUGAACGUCUCUUGUAUUGCAGUGCAGAGUGGAACCAGGAGGCUGGCCCGCUUCGAGAACCUGGGGAGAGAGCACUCAUAGGUGUGCAGAGCAGGAUGGGCACCUUACUGAGGAACACCGGGGAGCGGUCUGGCAGCUAGAAUGAGCUGCUGUUCAGCUUCUGCUCCACUGGACUCCGGUACCAAGCACAGCACUUCCCCAGAGUUCGUUGGUGAGCCGAGCGACAAUGCGGGAGGCUUCAGGGCAGACCGAGCUGCACCAGAACAGUUUGGCACCACGCAGGAGUUACCCCUGCAGGGGCAAGCCUGUGCUGGUUUCACCAGAGUCUGGCUCGUCACAAGUCAAUGCUUCACUGCUUCAGAAGUCCAGAGAGGCAGAAGUGCUGCCCUCGUUUGAGAGACCUCACAGACACUUGCCUAAGGCAGAGGACAGCAUGGAUGUUAAAAACUUGUUUAAAGCCCGGGACGAUGCUUCCUGCCGAAGCGCUCGGUGGGAGCCCGGUGAGGAGCUGGUGAAUCUGAGCGGCAGGGUCGGCGGUGCUGCCGGGGCCGCGGGGGAGCGCUGUGCUGGACAGGCGCGUUCCCACCCCACAGAUGCGGUCACUUACCGCCCGGACAGCCAUUGCUUGAGCACGCAGGGCUCGCAAUCUGGCGGGGCUCUGGCAGAUGUCCAGGCGUGUGCGGAGACUGGGCUCGUUAGACCUCCGCCCGUGGGCGCCCUGCUGAGUGAGCGGGCAGAUGCUCCUGCAGCAAAUCACCGUGAUUUGGUGAAAGAUGGCGCUGACAAUCCCGCCCCUGUUCUGGAGAUGUACGCAGAGUCCCCAGGUGUCAGGGGUGACUCUUCUGAUGACGAUGAUGACCUGGAGUAUUUUGAAUGCUCAGAUGUGCUGACAGCACACGAGAAUGAAAUCUGGCAGAAGAAGUUAGAGUUUUUGUUAGGCAGUGAUGAUGAGGAUGAUUUAAACCUGAGUAAGGACUGUGAUGGGUGUGCUUACUUCCUCGGUGACAUGCCUUGUCGGCUCCAAGUGUCAGAUAACACUACGCCUAUGGAUGCCUCCAUUGGCUUCUGUGGUCAUCACUCAAAACUCGAAGGAGUAAAUGUAAGCAGAGACCCCUCUGUGUGCAGCCAGUCAGCUUUGCAGGCAGAGAUGACUCUCACUUGUGGGCACCACCGAGAGCAAAGUGCCGGCGUGAAGGACCAAGAGAAGUGCCCAGCGCCUGUUGCAUCUGCAGCCACUGGAAAUGACCAUCCCAGCGCUGAAGCGGACGCUCAUGGCAGUGCCCACUCGGCUGCGGGAUCCUCAGCUGACAAACCAAAGAACGAGGGUGGCACAGGUGCCCAGGCAGAAUCCUCUGCUGGUGGCCUAGGUUCUCCUUGGACAGGUCAGGCUGCAGAGAGGAUGGCAGAGAGCAGCACGGAUGAGGACCUGCAGGGCGAGAGCUCUCCACUGCCAGAGGAGUGGGGAGGGGACCUGCCAGAGGAAAAUGCAAAGCACACUGUCUGUACCCUAACAGAAAGUCUGAGAAGAAACCUUCUGAAGUUGUUCAACCCUAAAGAGCUGUGCAGGUAUGUCAGUGCUAUAGGACAGUCCUUCCAGCUGGCAGCAGAGCUCAGUGAAUCCAGUGCUUCCAGUCAGGGAGGCGUCCUUUCCACACGCAUCCCCGAGGAGACAGAGAGCCCACAAAUGCCGGCUGGUUCGUGUCACACAGAAGAGGCAGAUAAAGACUGUCACUGGGAAAGGAGGACUUGGAGCCUGCCUGAGCAAGAUCAGAUACCAGAUGCAAACGUCUCAUCUGGGAAUCAAAGUGCCAGUCUUAACCUCUUGAUCCAGAAUAGCAAGAGACGAUGCACAGAGCCUGAAUCAGGAACAGAAAGUGACUCUGUGACUUCUGAGAGUGCAGGAGCGAUCCCUCCAGCUUCAGAAAUGCUUGCUACUGAAAAGACUUUGCAAGCCAAUCAUGCAAAUUUACAGACCUGUUCUCAGCUCCUUGCUCUUUGGGACAAGGGAGAAAGUCAUCCUCAGCAAGUCACCUGUGAACAAGGAGUUAACAUUGUUAGCAUUGAUGGCAACUCAAAGAGUGAGGCUUCGCCUUCUCCCUCCUGGGACAACGACUCUGCCCGUGAGCAGCAAGCGAGCUCCUGGGCUGUGCUUCCUCCCGCAGAGCCGUCUGAGGAGCCAGGGGAGCACAGGUAUAGCCUUGAGUCACACGACAGCAAUGGCACAGAUGCUCUCUGUAGCCUGUCAUGCCAUGAAUCUCCAUCUGAAGCUAAUCUCAAGGCAGCCCUGGAAUCUGGAGAACCUGGGGGCAAAGGAGAUGCUGAUAUAUCUGCGGUGCAUGACAAGCUGUGGAAACUUCUUAAUGAAGAUGACUCAGACUAUCAAAUCACUUAUGAAAGGCAGGGGAUCACAAACUUAGAAAUUAGGCCAAUAGGUAUCACAGUCACAGAACUGAACUUUGCACAGGAGACCCCUUCUGGUCACCCUUUGCCAGUUAAGCUGGGAGAAGAGCAGGAACCUAUCACGCAAGCAGCUGCUAGCCAAAGAACAGAGAAAGAAGACUGCAAUGUUUCCGAUAGCCUACUUCAAACAGCUGAAGCCUGUAGCAGUGCAUCCACAGGAAACAUUUGUCUUGCACAAGUGGUAGGAACAGAUGGCAUAUGUCUAGAUUCUAGCACUGCAAGGAAAGUGGAAACAGCAUCCAUUUGUGCCUCAGCAAAUGGUGCUGGCCUAGCCACGGGGGAGUGCUUGGAGCAGGAGCCACAUCCGGCGCUAACUGGCAGUGGUGCAUCCGUCCCGGUGCCUGCGGCUGGGAAAGGAAAGCCUGCCAGGAGUAGCUCUUCCCAAACGUGUGAUGGAAAUUCUUUUGGAGGGCAGAAAGAUGCCCACAGUGGUAACCCAGCAUGUGGCAAAGAACUACCCCCAGCCCCGUCAGCUGCACCACCUGGGACAAUUGGACAGUUACCUCAUCCCGAACACAGCAUGCCCCCGGCGGCCGAGCCUGUGAGUGGGGCAAGGUGUCCAUGCAGCGGCUGUUACCCGGCAGGGCCGGCGCCGCCUCGUCUGCCUGCAGAGAAAGACCCUUCCCCUGCUGCAAACGCCAGUCAGCUUGCAAGGGAAGAGCACUCUUCUGGUAGCACCAGAGGUAAACGUCGUGAGGAGCAUUUGCCAGAGAAAGGCUCAGCCUUGAACACACAAAGUGCCACUGGUUCUGACGGUUGCCAUCCUUCACAAAGCGGUACCUGGCAGGACCUCCAUGUCCCUCCUGGUGCACAGGAACGCAGCUAUGAAAUGCCACUGCCUGAUGUAACUGAGACUCAUGAGAAUCUGCCCCAAAAUGCAGAGCUGACAGAGGUAGCAAAGCAAGAAGCAGCACCCCUACUCCUUCCCCCUCCUGGGAGUCCGUGGUUAAGAGGUUUUUCUGUCAAAUCCUGUAAAGCAGGAGAGCAGAGCAAGGUCUGCACAGGUGAUGAGGAGAGGGCUGCCACUUCCUGUGACGCAGGAGGCAGUCAUGGCAGCAGGAGCCAGGCUGCAGCCUCCCCUCACAGCAGCUCACAACCAGAUGUGGCUUUUGUUGGCAGUGCCCUUGCCUCUGCAAAAGAGUUAAACCCAGACUCUUCUAACUGCCCCCCCUCCGCACCUGGCAGCGCAACACCAGAGAGCGCCCUGCUGCCCAGCGAGGCUCGAAGUGGGCACCACAUGGUGGCAAAUGAGGGUCGCAGGGAUUACAGAAAUCAGGUAGAGCCCCAGCAAGGGACUGCUCAGGAAACAUUCUGUACACCCAUGAGUCAGGCAGAGGCCCUUAGCAGUCUGCCAGCAGUGGGGUGUGCUGGCAUAGGGCCUCAAGUAGAAGCUGGAUCCACAAAAACUGUAGGCAAAGCAGAGGGACAUUUGGGCACACUGGGAACCUUUUGCAGAGCACUGCAGGAGCAGUUCCAUGGGGCACUUGAACUAAGCAAGGAGGAACCAUUCUUUUGUGCAAACAAGCAAGAGAUUCAAAGAACUGUUGAAUAUAAGCCAGGUAAAGCUGAACCAAAGGCUCCCUUGUGUGCCUCGCUUAGCUCUGAGGUGCAGGGUCAGCUCAGGAAUACCUGCACUAAGCAGCCCUCUCCUGACUUGAUCUCUUCCAACCAGCUAACUCAGGUUGAAAAGUCUGCUGACUCUGCUGAGGGUGAUAAAGAUGAAGAACUCAUGGCAUCGGAGAGUGUAGUGAGUGCUUUAGUUGAUCUGCUGUCACCUAAUGCAGUGGACAACCAACGUUUGCAAGAGCAAGCACCCUGCAGAACUCAUCCGUUCUCCUCGGUGUUGACCGCUCAGGAGCCAUUCCCAGUCAACGUGGAAGGGCUGCAAAAUGAAGAAGGACCAAAGUCCUGCCAGAUGUCACCAGCUGCUGCUGAGCCUGAGCCCGUCCCACGCAAACAAGGCCCAGCAAAGAGUGGGCAUUUCACUGCUGGAGCCAAGAAGAAAUUGCCACCAGCAACACUGUCAAAAAAACCUCGGCUGGAGGAAGGAGGAAAUGGCAGAGAGGAUCCCAGCUGCGUUAAAAGGGCCGUGAAGAGCGAGGCUGGCAUGGUGCAGGAAGAAGACAGAAAAGAGCAGAGGAAGCUCAUUUUGAGAGAGGAUGGCAAAGCUCCCAGGCUGCUGCAGAAGAUCCAGGCAGAGCUGUUCCCCGACCGCUCUGGAAACCUGAAGCUCUGCUGUCAGUUUGGUGACAUUCAUGGUGACUCCAGCAUCACAUGGACUAAGGAUUCCAAGCUGCUGGCUCGGCUGCAGCGAAGUGCCCAGGAUGACUCUCCCGUCUCUCUGGCAAUAGCUAAAGCCAGCAGCAAAGACCAGGGGAUGUAUUACUGCUGCCUGAGCAACACCUAUGGGCAGGUGACUGCCGAGUUCAAUCUGACUGCUGAGGUGCUGGAGCGGCUCUCAAGUUUUCAGAACUGUGAAGGUGUGGAAGAAAUCGAAUUCAUGCAGCUGAUGUUCAGAGAAGAUUUCAUCAGGGACAGCUAUUUUGGUGGGAACCUGCAUGGAGUCAUAGCCACAGAAGAGCUCCACUUUGGUGAAGGCAUGCACCGGAAAGCUUUCCGCAGCAGAGUGAUGCAAGGUCUGGUGCCAGUGUUCAGCCCUGGCCACCCCUGUGUGCUCAAAGUGCACAGUGCCAUCACCUACGGGACCAAGAGCAAGGAUGACCUCGUUCAGAAGAACUACAAGCUGGCACUGCAGGAAUGUUAUGUCCAGAACACUGCCAGAGAGUAUGCAAAGAUCUAUGCAGCUGAAGCUGAACCCCUGGAAGGCUUUGGGGAAGUGCCAGAGAUCAUUCCUAUUUUCCUUGUUCAUCGCCCUGCUAAUAACAUCCCCUAUGCCACAGUGGAGGAGGAGCUGAUUGGGGAGUUUGUGAAAUACUCCAUGAGGGAUGGCAAGGAAGUCAACUUCCUGAGAAGAGAUUCAGAAGCUGGCCAGAAGUGUUGCACCUUCCAGCACUGGGUGUAUGAGAAAACCAACGGGAGCUUGCUUGUCACUGACCUGCAAGGUGUGGGAAUGAAGUUAACUGACGUUGGCAUAGCAACGCUGGCCAAAGGAUACAAAGGUUUUAAAGGCAACUGCUCCAUUUCCUUCAUUGAGCAGUUCAGAGCCCUCCACCAGUGCAAUAAGUACUGUGAGAUGAUGGGGCUGAAGUCUCUCCGGACCACUCAUCAAAAGCAGAGGAAAGUAGCAUCCAUGAAAAGCAAAACCCUGCCCAGCUCCUUGACAGCAAAGAAAGCAGUCCCAAGAGAACCUAGAGACUUCAUUUCUUCAGAGCACUGACUUGCACUGGCCUGUCUUGUGGCAACUCCUCUGGAGGAGUGCUGGGCACCAACAACCUGGUGCAGGGAUAACUUCAGACUCUUCCCUUGUGACGUUGGUUUGACAUUGUCCCAGCACUGAUGCCAGCAACAAAGGAGCCACUUCUGUGCUCGUGGUAACUGAGAUUUACCACGGGAGCAAGGUGUUGAAAACCGACUAAGCCAUCUGCCUGGACUGUCUUACAACUCUUCUGCACGUUUUGAGCCUUGGACACUGAGUGCACUGAGGAGAACAUCUUCCCUGUUGUGCCUGUGCCCCCGUGGGUUCCGCUGCUGUGUAAACACCAAUGUAUUUAAGGUGCCACAUAGAAGUUUUGCACAGUAUUGUUGCUCAGGCUGAUAGAGAAAAAAUGUUUUGUCUCCCAGAUUUUUGCGUAUUAUAGUCCUCCUCCAA